AUGACGCAGCAGAACCCAGAGCCUCGUGGCCGUGUCAUUCUACGAACAUGCCUAGAUGACUUCGAAGUAACUGGUCCGGAAGGAAAACAUGUGUGCCUUGUUUACGAGCCAAUGAGAGAGCCCCUCUGGAUUUCCCAGAGGCGGUUCGUUAAUGACCGGUUGCCUUUGUCCAUUGCGAAGGCUUAUAUCUACUUCCUCCUUGUUGGUCUUGAUUAUCUUCACUCAGAGUGCAGAGUGGUCCACACGGAUCUAAAGCUCGGGAAUGCCGCCAUGAGCUUCGAAAACGACAACAUUCUUACCGAGUCCAUUAAACAACAACAGCCGAUGCAUUACAAGGUUGACGGCAAGAUUGGUCGGGCUAUCUAUCGCUGCCAUAAUGACUUUGGUACUCCUGACGGAAGAGAAAUCAAGAACAUGAGUCCCAUGAUUGUAGACUUCGGGCUCGGAACAAGACUCGACAAGCCGUGUACUGGAACCGCAACAGUAGGCGAGCAACUUGGAGUCUAUCAUAUUCAACCAGACCAUUCCCGUGCCCAGAAAUAA